AUGCACUAUCCACUGUUUUAUAAUUUCAUUUCCAAAAUUACCCCUCCAGCCUUCCAUGUCAGCAGCCAUCUCCCUCUCCAUGUCACCACGGGAAGUUGUGCUUUUAAGCACUCAUGGUUAUCCCUUGACCUUCAAGGCCAUGGCCAAUCAGAAGGCCUCAAGGCCUACGUCCCCAACAUCGAUCUUGUGGUUGAAGAUUGCGUCUCCUUCUUCAAUUCAAUCAAACAGGACGUUUCCUUCCAUGGAUUGCCCUCAAUUUUGUACGGGGAGUCGAUGGGUGGCGCUAUCUGUCUGCUGAUUCAUUUAUCAAACCCUAAUUCAUUUCAAGGCGCUAUUCUGGUGGCACCCAUGUGUAAAAUCUCAGACAAUGUCAGACCCAGAUGGCCAAUUCCUCAAAUCCUCACAUUUCUUGCCAGAUUCUUUCCCACCUUGCCGAUUGUACCGACCCCAGAUAUCUUGGACAAGUCUGUGAAAGUUCCUGAAAAGAAAAUUAUUGCAGCAAUGAAUCCUCUGAGAUAUAAGGGGAAACCAAGAUUGGGUACUGUUGUUGAGCUUCUGAGGAUUACUGACUACUUGAGUCAAAAACUGGGUGAGGUGAAACUUCCAUUUAUUGUGCUUCAUGGCAGUGCAGAUGCUGUGACCGAUCCGGAUGUGAGCAGAGCUCUGUAUGAAGAGGCCAAAAGUGAAGAUAAGACUAUAAAGAUUUACUACGGGAUGAUGCAUUCUUUGCUGUUUGGAGAGACCGAUGAGAAUGUUGAUAUUGUUCGUCGUGAAAUUCUGUCAUGGUUGAAUGACAGAUUUUGAAUUUUUAGAAGCUCUGCAUGACGCCAUAUAUUUAUCAUCCAUUUACAUUCUGAGUCGAAUUUCAAGCUUUAAUAUUAAGUUUUAUAUUUAUCAUCCAUUAUAUUUCGGAGUGAAA